AUGGACAGUGACGAUGGAACAACCCCGUCGUUAUUUCGAACGGCCAGUGCGCAAUCGUUGCCAGCCACAUCGUCCGAUGGUAUCAGCGCGAUGAGCCUUUAUCAGCGGACUUUGUACAUGCUAGCCAAUGACCCAGGCUUCCAGAAGGAGGUAGCGUUGGGUAAACGUGUCGGAUUCUAUCGCCUUGGGAAAGAGCUUGGGUCGGGGAAUUUUUCAAAAGUUAAGCUCGGAAUACAUGUAUUAGCAAAAGGUGUGAUAUUUAAAAUAUUUAUUAUUUUUCAUAUAUAUCCAUAUAAUAAUUUACAAUGUAUUUAUUAUUAUUGUUAUUAA